AUGGGUCUGGGUGAGAUCCUGUCAGCUAAAAUCAUGACUGCUGUGCUGAAAAGUCAGAACAUCCCGGCUGUGUGUGUCAACCUGGAAGACCUACUUCCUCGAGAUCUGGCCGAAUCAGACAGCAAUCUAUACGAUAUCAUCCGCGAGAAGAUGGGUGAAGCUUGCCAGAAACACGUUAGAGAAGCCGUGCCAGUAGUCACAGGAUACUUUGGCAUGGUUCCGGGGGGUAUGCUGACCACUGUGGGCCGAGGCUACACAGACCUGACAGCCGCACUGAUAGCCGCAGACCUACAGGCGGUGGAGCUGCAACUGUGGAAGGAGGUCGACGGGGUAUUCACCGCCGAUCCCAGGAAGGUCAAAUCGGCACGACUGUUAUCGCUUAUGGCUCCGGAGGAAGCAGCUGAGCUGAGUUGGUUUGGUUCUGAAGUAAUCCAUCCCUUCACUAUGGAACACGUAGUUCGGGCCAAUGUGCCAAUCCGCAUCAAGAACACCUUCGCACCACAAAAUCCAGGUAAGGCACGCCGCCGUGUACUACUUAUCCGCCCCACGGGCUCUAAACAGUCGUCUCCUCGCUUGUCUGGCGACGGUACACAACACGAACUGUCACCAGAUGCGCAUGUGCCCGCAGCUGCUGCGGUUACACUCAAAAGUGACAUCACAGCAAUCAAUGUCAAGUCACUUACGCGGCAAAGUGCGGCUCAGUUUUCUUCCAAGGUGUUUGCAACCCUAGAACAGUCGAAUGUGGAGGUGUCCAUGGUGUCUACAGCCACUACUAGUGUGUCACUGGCGUGUGUGGAUGGUGAUGCUAUUGCUGGGGCCAUCAAGGACCUUUCAGCCAUCGGAGAGGUUGUGUCAAAGACCGAUAUGGCCAUUCUGACGGUUGUGGGCAAGAAUAUGCGCAACAAACCUGGAAUCUCUGGGUGUAUCUUCGGUACUUUGGCCAGCAUCGGUGUGAACAUUGAGAUGAUUUCCCAGGGUGCCUCGGAGAUCAACGUCUCGUGUCUGAUCCACAAGAAGAAUGCCGUGCGUGCGUUAGAGGCGGUGCAUGACGCGCUUAUCCUCAACAACAACGACGGCUCCUUCCGAGUCAACGGCGUGGCUGCGUGUUGA